UUGAGCCUUUUACUUCACUUAGCCAGCAAAAAGAAUCAAAGAUGAGCAUGGUCCGUGGCACCACCCCUACUGUGGACGAAGAUGUUCCACUUCCAGGUUUCCGAUUCCACCCGACAGAUGAAGAGCUCGUCGGGUUUUACCUUCGACGAAAAGUCGACAACAAACCCCUCACAAUCGAACUCAUCAAAGAGAUCGAUAUCUACAAAUACGAUCCUUCCGAUCUCCCGAAAACUGGCAUGGUGGGAGAGAAUGAAUUGUAUUUCUUUUGUAGACGAGGAAGGAAGUACCGGAACAGCGUAAGACCGAACCGGGUGACAGAGUCGGGGUUCUGGAAAGCAACGGGCAUCGACAAGCCUGUUUUUUCGGUUGAAGGUGGUGAAGCCAUCGGGCUUAAGAAAACGUUAGUGUACUACCGUGGAAGUGGGGGCAAAGGAACUAAAACCGAUUGGAUGAUGCAUGAAUUUCGCCUCCCCAAUCCCACAAUGACGGCACAAGAUGCUGAAGUAUGGACGAUAUGUCGAUUUUUCAAGCGGCAUAGAAAAAUCAAACAAGAUUGGAGACAAGGUGCUGCUAAACCAGCUUCAACUGGCAAUGGCAAUGGUGUACAAGGCUAUGAAAGUGGCAGUGUGGGAUCCAGCAGCCAUGAAAAUUACAUUACAUUGGGGUCUCAGAAUGUUGAAAACUAUGAUGAUGAUGAUGGUGAGAUGGUUAUGGAUCAUAUGAUGAAUGAUGGGAGUUGCAGAAGGGAAUGGUAUCAUGGAGAGAUGCAAUGUAUGGCAUCAUCAUCAUCACCAUCUUCAAGCUUUUCAACAGAAAAUGAUUUCUUCACAAAUGCCAAUUGGGAUGAGCUUAAAUCAAUUGUAGACUUGGAUCUUGAUCCCUUUCAUUUCGCGAAAAAUCAUUUUUAAUGAGAUAUACUAUGAUGGCCCUUAAAAAUAGAAUAAAUUUACUCUAAGAAUUUAGGGGUCGAGAUUAAAUUAUAUAUUUUUAUAAAAGUUAAAUUACAAUUUCA